GCGGCGGUGAGGAAGUCGGCUGAGAGCGGUGCUUCCAGUUGCGACGCGACAAAGGAGAGGAAAGAGACGGCGCCAGUGUCGCUCACCAUGGCCUCCAAUGGGUUCGAGACGGAGCACGCGGCCAGUGCCGGCCGUGAUCCGCCCGAGGAGGAGGAAAUGCUGGCCGAGGAGCGCGACCUCGCAGAGGACGCCCAGUGGAAGCGCAUCCAGCAGAACACCUUCACCCGCUGGGCCAAUGAGCACCUGAAGAAUGCCAGCAAGCACAUCUACUCGCUCGAAACGGAUCUGGAGGAUGGACUCAUCCUCAUCGCACUCAUCGAGGUGCUCAGUGGCAAGAAGAUGCCCAAGCACAGCAAGCGGCCCACCUUCCGCUCGCAGAAGCUGGAGAACGUGUCGGUGGCACUCAAAUUCCUCGAGAGAGACGAGAACAUCAAGAUCGUCAAUAUCGACGCUACCCACAUCGUGGACUGUCACCUGAAGCUGAUCCUAGGUCUGAUAUGGACGCUGAUCCUGCACUACAGCAUCUCCAUGCCCAUGUGGGAAGGAGACGAGAACGUGCCCGGAGAGAAGGGACCCACGCCCAAACAGAGGCUGAUGAACUGGAUCGGCUCCAAGAUGCCGGACCUGCCGGUACGCAACUUCACCUCGGACUGGCGUGACGGCAAGGCCAUCGGAGCCCUGGUGGACGGCGUGGCGCCAGGUCUGUGCCCUGACUGGUCUGACUGGAGGCCAGAGGACGCCCUCAAGAACGCCACGGAGGCUAUGGGUCUGGCCGACGACUGGCUCAACGUGCCUCAGCUGAUCCAGCCGGAGGACAUGAUUGACCCGAACGUGGACGAGCUGUCGAUGAUGACGUACCUCUCGCAGUACCCCAACGCCAAGCUGAAGGCCGGCGCGCCACUCCGCGCAAAGACAAACCCCAACAGUCAAUCUGCCAUCGGUGCCAGGGUACGCUGCUACGGCCCGGGUGUGGAGCCCACGGGCCCGGUGGUCGGAGCACCCACCUUCUUCACCGUGGAAACGUUCUCGGCCGGUCAGGGCAAGGUCGAGUGCUUCCUGAUCCGACCCAACGGACAGAAGGAGCCGAUCGAGGCUAAGUUCAACAACGACCGUAACCUGACGUACAGCUGCUCCUACACUCCGACCUCGGAGGGCCAGCACCGUGUCAUCGUGAAGUUCAUCGGCAACGAGAUCCCCAAGUCGCCGUUCUCGGUUCAAGUGGAGGGCUACGCCGGUGACCCGAACAAGGUGACCGCCUCCGGGCCCGGCCUGGAGCCGGUCGGCGUCGUCGUCAGCAAGCCCACCUACUUCGACAUCUUCACACACGACGCCGGAAAGGGCACGCCUGAGGUCGUCAUCCUGGACCCCAAGGGCAAACAGAACCCGGCCAUGCUGAAGCUGAAGGAGGUGAAGCAGGGUCAGUGGCGCUGCGAGUACCUGGCCGACCAGGUCGGCAUGUACUCCAUCAACAUCUACUUCGCCACCAAGCCCAUCCCCAAGAGCCCGUUCGGCGUCAAAGUCAGCCCAGCUUGCGACCCGCGCCGGGUCAAGGCCACGGGUCGCGGCCUCCAAAACAAGGGCGUGCGCGUGGGUGAGAUUGCCGACUUCAAACUGUGGACGGAGGGCGCCGGAGAGGGCGUGCCCAAAGUGCGCAUCAUCGGCCCAGGCGGUGCCGACGAGCCGGCUGAGCUGCGGAAAGUCAGCGACUUUGUCUACGAGGGCGCCUACUACCCCAAGCGCGAGGGCCGCUACAUCGUCAUGAUCACUUACAGCGGACACGAGAUCCCUCGCUCACCGUUCGAGGUUAACGUCGGACCGAAGGGGGAGUCGCGUAUCCGCUGCUACGGCCCCGGACUGAAGGGCGGCGUGGUCGGAUCACCGGCCGCCUUCACCGUCGAAACCAACGGCGAGACGGGCGCGCUGGGUUUCAGCGUCGAGGGCCCCUCCCAGGCGCAGAUCCAGUGUCAUGAUAACGGUGACGGCUCGGCAGAUGUGACCUACCUUCCGACGGCGCCCGGAGAGUAUGCCGUGCAUGUGCUCUGUGAGGGAGAGGAUAUUCCCCAGUCGCCAUGGAUGGCGCAGGUUAUCCCCAAGACCGACUAUGAUGCCAGCAAGGUGCGAGUGUUCGGUCCGGGAGUACAGAAGGACGGCGUGAGCGUCAACAAGCCCACCCACUUCACCGUGGACACGACGGCGGCCGGCAGCGCGCCGCUCGAUAUCUCGCUUCUGGACGAGGAUCUCCGCGAAGUGCCGAUGAAGAUCACUGAGAAGUCCCCGGGUGUGUUCCACGUCGAGUACACAAUCUCCACCAGCGGAAAACACACCGUCAUGGUGAACUUUGGCGGCGUGGCGGUGCCUAACUCUCCGUUCCGAGUGGACGUGACGGCUCCAGUGGACGCCUCCAAGGUUCAGGUGUUCGGCCCGGGUCUGGAGCCGGGUGUGCGGGCUCAGGUGCCCACCCACUUCAACGUGGACGCGAGAGGCGCUGGACCUGCCGAGCUGCGCAUCGGCCUCAAGGACAACAAGACCGGCAAAGAGGUGCCCGUACAGCUGACUGACAACGGUGACGGCACCAUGACUGCCGACUACGUGUACCCCCGACCCGGCCCGUACACCCUGAAUGUGACGUACGGAGGCCGCGCGAUCCCCCAGAGCCCCGUCAACAUCGAGGCCAAACCCAGCGUGGAUACGUCCAAGAUUAGGGUGGAUGGUGUUGAGCCGACGGCGUUCCUGAACUCUCCCACCGACAUGGUGGUGGACGCGCGCGCCGUGCCCGGCUCCAAGGACGGAAAGGUGACCUGUCCCGUGACCGGCCCGUCGGGCGCGCCGUGCCCCUCGCACGUGGAGCCGGUCGGAGACGGUACCUUCAAGGCCACGUAUACACCCACCGAGCCGGGUCCCCACAAGAUCGACCUAGCGUAUGACGGCGCUCCGGUGCCCGGCGCGCCGUUCACCGUCAAUGCCAAGCCCGGCUGUGACCCGAGGAAGGUCACUGCCGACGGACCGGGCCUCAAAAGGGGCAUCGUCAACAAGUCCAACACGUUCAAAAUCAACACCCGAGGAGCUGGCACCGGCGGUCUGGGUCUGGCCAUCGAGGGCCCCUCCGAGGCCAAGAUGUCCUGUGUGGACAACAAGGACGGCUCAUGCACGGUCGAGUACGUGCCCACCGAGCCCGGAGAGUACGACGUCAAUGUGCGCUACGCCGACCAGCACAUCCCCGGAUCCCCGUUCAAGGUUCCGGUGGACUGUGAGGUGGACGCCGAUAACGUUGUCGCCUACGGGCCGGGCGUAGAGCCGGAACACUGCCGCGCCAACGUGCCCCUUACCUUCACUGUGGAUGCCACACGGUCUGCGCCGGCACCGCUAGCCGUGGAGGUCAAGAGCGACAAGGGUCCUCUGCCACGGAAGCCGGUGGUGAAGGAUAACGGCGACGGCACGUACGACGUGACGUACCACCCGCCGCCCGAGGGCAGCAUCUGCAUGCCGAGGGUGACGCUCGCUGGACGCGACAUCAAGGACAGCCCGUGGCGUAUGCCUGUGAAGCCGACCUGCGAGCCGAACAAGGUGCGCCUGACCGGCCCGGGAGUCUCCAGCAAGGGCGUGCCGGCCUCCCUACCCACCGAGUUUACCGUGGACGCCCGCGACGCCGGCUUCGGCGACCUCGAGGCGCAGAUCCUGGGUCCGGACAACUACCCGCGUAAGGUGGAGAUGGUAGAUAACGGUGACGGCACGUACACGGGCCGGUACACCCCGGACGACUGCGGCCAGUACAAGGUGCACGUCAAGUACGGCGGCAAGGAGGUAGCCGGGUCGCCCGUGCCCGUCCAGGCCUUCGCCACCGGACAUGCCGACAAGUGCAAGAUCGAGGAUAGUGACUACCGCGAUCAGGUGCUCAGCGUUGGCGAGGAGUACUGUAUUAGCGUGGACGCCAAACAGGCCGGAAACGGAAACGUCACCUGCCGUAUCCGCUCCACCUCUGGCUCCGGUGACGUGGACAUCGACGUGACCGACAACGGCGACGGCACGUUCAAUAUCUACUACAAGGUGAAGGACGCCGGAGAGUACUCGCUCAACAUCAAGUUCGGCGGCCAGCCGGUACCCGACGGCCUCUACUCGUUCUCG